AUGACGUGGAGGUGGGUGGGACGUCCAUCUAUCUCCCUGCUUGUGCCUGCUGGCCCACCUCUGUCCCUCCCUCUUCGGGCGAGUCUCCCCCUCCCCCUCCCCCCUCAAAAACAUGUCUUCGCGAGCCUGCAGCCUUUCUCAGGCCCACCUUUCUGUGGAGCGCAGGGCCGCAGAGCGCCAGCGGGCGCCGAAACGCGGCGGAUGGCACGGCGCCUGUGCCUCUCGGCGGCGGCCUUCACGGCGGCGGCGACCGCGUCGCCGGGGCCAUCGCUCUACGACCUGACCGUCACCGGCAUCGCCGGCGACGCCCUGCCGCUGAACAGCCUGCGCGGCAACGUGACGGUGCUGAUCAACGUGGCGACUUACUGA